CUGGCUUUCAAAAGGCAGUGUUUUAGAGUCUGGACACACACAGCCUCAUAAUCGGCACUGAGAUCAUCAUGGCAGCUGAGGGAAAUCCUGUUUGUGGUGGUGUUAUGUUGCUCCACACUGAAUGUGAAGGGAAACACUCGUAUGAAGUGAAUGGCUUUUUUAACUAUAAAAAAGGAAAAUUCGCACGCAAGGGAGAUAAAGUUAUAAUGAUAAACAACACAGAUGUAGAGGAUUUGACUCCACAGGCAUUUGCUGAGCUGCUGGUUGAAGAGUCCCCCUUACUUACCAUACAUCAUUCGCCCAAAAGGAAAACCGAAGAAUGUGAAUCUGAGGAAAUCAAUGUGCGUAAAAAGGAGCCGACAGUCAUGAGAUUCAGCGUGAUGAUGGUAAGAGAGGAAGAUCUAGAAGCCACUGGAGUUCAACCAUCGCCAGAGUGGGAAGACAAGGACAUUGAGGAUGACUGUUUCAGUAAAGACAAUCUUCUGCUUGUCUCCAUGGCUGAGACAAGCUUCAGUGUGAUCGUUGCUCGGGGCUGUGAUCCUGACAGCCCUUGCAACAGCUGUGGAGGGAUGAAUUGCCAAUUUAAUGAAGUUGUUGUCCUGCCUGCGACAGCUGAGAUUACCUUUAAUUCUUCAAGGAUUUUGAUGCGGAUUAGAGAGCAAAAAAAUUUGUUCAUUAAGAGUUUCUUGGUGGAAAAGUAUGUCACCCCAGAGAAUCAGCAUAUGCUUUUGAAAGACACCAUGUCAGCAAAAAUCACCCUCUACUAUUAUACUAUCACCAAGGGCUGUGAAGGUGUUCCUGUUGUACUGAACUUCAGUGGCACAGAAAACUUCUUCUGCUGUACCACCAAGCAAGGUGAAGAUAAGAAGAUUUUGACAGUCAUGAACUGUAAUAAAAAGGACCUGAAAAGCAUCUGUCCUGAUGACCGAGAAAAAUGGUCUCUUGUAUUUUACAUGUCUUGUGGGCGAGACAAUCUCCGGCGUUUUGAGUCAGCUCUUUACAGAGGAUGGUUUAUCUACACAGAAAGGGUAGAUAAUAGAGAAUUGGACAUGCAUAAAGAAGAUCAGUUUGACAUAUGUUUUGGUAAUGAUACUAAGAGCCAGUUUUGUCCAACCUCUUCAAAUUAUACGUUUGUGUUUUCCCCACCAACACACCAUCAAUUUUUCCAGCCAAACCUCACGCUUUGGUGUAUAUGUCUCGUAACUUCCUCUUUCUACCGCAUGAGGGCUUUGACAUUGAAAAAGCAGCGUUUCAAAGGCAGGGCUCUCACAUCCUUUUUUAUCAGCGCUGAGAUCAACAUGGAAGCAGAGACUGUACGUCAUCCGAGCACUGAAAAAGCUCAAUCGGAGGCCACCCAAUGCAAUAAAAAGAUGUUGAAAUUCAUGAGAUUCAGCCUGUCAAUGGAAGACACUGAGUUGGGUGCGCUUCAGGAACCAUCGCAUCCACAACCAGAGCAGAAAGAGAAGGACAUUGAGGACAACUGUUUCGUUGAUGACGAUGUGCUUCGUUCCCUGGCAAACAUGAGCUUGAAUCUGAUGGUUGAUCAAGACUCUGAUGCUGACAACCCUUUCUGCAACGGUGAUUGGCAGCUUAAUGAAAGCCAGAUCGUGGCCGAGACAGCUGAUAUUGCCUAUAUUUCUGCACAAAUUUGGAAAGUAAUUAAAGAGCAAAGCAAUUUGUUCCUGAAGACACUCAAAGGAUGCAAUUAUGUUGCAUCAAAACAGAACGAGAUAUGUUUGGAAAAAACCAUGUCAGCAAAACUCACCAUCUUUCAUGGCACCUUCCUUGGCAUGGUCACCAGCGACAGAGAAUCAGGUGUUCCUGUUGUGCUGAACUUCACAGGCACAGACAACUUCCUCUGCUGCACCGGCCAAGGAGAGGACAAGAUAUUAACAAUCAAAGCGUAUGACAGAAAAAAUAUACACAUUUCUGCAGAUGACCCAGAAAAAUCAUCCCUUAUUUUCUACAUGUCUCAAAAGUGGGAUGGUCUCCGGUAUUUUGAGUCAGCGCUCCACAGAGGAUGGUUCAUUCACACUGUAAAUGAUGAUGUUGUGAAAAUGAAAAGAGGCAAUAAUACAUCCAGCAGUUGCUUUGUCUUAGAGUGAGACCACAGAACCCGCUGGAUAUUAAAACAUCUUAUUAAUUUAAGGAUUUUAUUCAGAAUGUUCAUAGUAUUUUUAAAAUACAUGAGUACGUUAUCAAUAUAUUUAUAAUAUUAACCUCUAUUUACAUUUGCCUGCAUAAGCUACUAGAAAUUUGAGCUUUCCCAUUGGUUAGAGUAAAUUUAUAAUUUAUCACAUUAUAAUGUGUUCAUGUAUCUUUCUACACUUUUAAUAUCAAGCAUUUAAAUAAAACAUUUCCAAGG